GUAAUACCAAGCUCGCAUAUGUCUCAAAGGAGGAUGAAGGCCAAUGGAAUGGGCAAAAAAAGACCCAUCCUUUGAAAGAAACGGACAAAAACCCACUUCAUGAUAAAUGUGAAACAAUUCACAUUGGGUUUGUUUGUUCUGGAUACAGGUCUAAUUUAUACUUGCACACUUUACUAAAAUCAUUGUUUUUUUACAACAUCAAUCCCAUCCAUUUUCAUAUUAUGGUCAACAAGGUCUCUGAAAAAGUCCUGAAAACUUUAUUCGACACAUGGAACGUGCCACAAAGCAAUACAACAUUUUACGACAUUAAUGAUUACAUUCAGGACGUUAGAUGGGUCCCCAACAGCCAUUAUUCCGGCAUUUUUGGCUUGCUAAAGCUUGUGUUUCCAAAAAUUAUUCCUUUAAACGUUACCAAGAAAAUCAUAGUCCUUGACACUGAUUUAACUUUCGUUGGCGACAUUAUCGAGCUGUGGAGACUGUUUGAAAAAUUCAAUAAUAAACAAGCAGUUGGAAUUGUUGAAAAUCAGAGCGAUUACUAUUUGGGGAAAAACACCAAAAUUAAGCCUUGGCCCGCCAGCGGCAGAGGGUUUAAUUCUGGCGUAUUGCUUUACAAUUUAGAAAGACUUAGGAGACUGGAUUGGCCUAGCUUGUGGCCCUCUGUUGCCAAAAAAGUAGCGAUAAUUUACGGUUCAACCCGUUUGGGAGAUCAAGACAUAAUAAACGCGGUGUUAUUGCAACACACUGAUCUCCUGUACCAAGUGCCUUGCUUCUGGAAUACUCAACUAAGUGAUCACGCUUUAAGUUACAACUGUUACAAUAAGUUUCGAGUUAAAGUAGUCCAUUGGAAUUCGCCAAAAAAAACUCACGUUCUUAAUAAAGACGGUGAUUAUUUUCGCACUUUGUACCAGACUUUUGUUGAAUAUAAUGGAAAUUUGUUACGACGCCAGCUGUAUUAUUGCGAUGCGACUCAAGACGCUGUUAAUGAACCACAAACCGAUCUUUGUGCAGAGUUCCAUCGCGCCAAAACUAGUCAGUGGAGAACUUUACUAUUUUUUAGGGAGUAUCAACAUUCAGCCGAGGAAAAUGCCAAAAAUGAUGUUACUUUUGUUGCACAAUUGUCUUAUGAUAGGUUACAAAUGGUAGAAGAGUUGGUUAAGUACUGGCAAGGCCCUAUUAGUCUCACGUUUUACGUUACCGAUCCUGAGUUUCAACAAUGUUACAAUUUUAUAGAAAAUUCGGAAUUAUUGCAGGACCGGACUAACAUAGCGUACCAUGCUGUUUUCAAAGAUGGGGAAUAUCACCCAAUCAACAUUUUACGCAACGUUGGAUUAAAAAAUGUAGCCACCCCUUUUGUUUUCUUGGCCGACAUUGACUUUCUACCAAUGAAAGGUUUAUAUUCAGUAUUGAAGAGUCACCUGAAUUCCAUUCACGACAUGAAAGCCAAAGCAUUAAUAGUUCCUGCGUUUGAAACCCAAAGAUAUCGUAGUCGUGUUCCGAAAAACAAAGCCCAAUUGUUGGGAAUGUGGGAGAAAAAAUCUAUUUUCCCGUUCAGGUCCGAUGUGUGGGUUGCCGGACAUGCACCUACUAAUUACACAAAAUGGAAAUCGGCAAUUGCACCCUACAAAGUCAAGUGGGAGCCCGAUUUUGAGCCGUAUAUCGUGGUCAGUAGUGACGUCACUGAAUAUGAUAAUAGAUUCAUGGGUUUUGGGUGGAAUAAGGUGUCUCAUAUUAUGGAGUUGGAAGCGCAGGGCUACCAAUGGAUUGUUUUACCGAAUGCAUUUAUUAUUCACAAACCACAUGCGCCUAGCUAUGAUAUAGCCAAGUUUCGAACUUCUCCGGUUUACAGAAUGUGUUUGCAAAACUUGAAGGAAGAGUUUAUCAAAGAUUUGGACAAAAAAUACGGUAGAUUGUUCGAUAAUAAAAACACAUCGUUUCUUUUAGAUAUUAAGUAGAACAGUUUUAAACGCACCAUCGGGGAAGGGGUCAUAAAGCUACCAAGUCAUUGCUAGUGUGAUGUUUAUUCUUUUAAUUAGGCAACUAGUAGGUGUAUAAGUCUCACGUUGGCAAUCAAAUCUAAUUUUACUAAACUUAUCUCUGUGAAAUAUUUAUUCUUCCAUGUAAGGUGUAGAUAUUUUAAAUAAAUUUAUCGAUCAGAA